AUGCCAUACCCGUUGGGAGAAGUAAAGUUUGUCUCCGGAAAAGAGGUUCGUGACGGUCGAGUCAUGAAUUGGGCGUUUGUCGAAUUGUCCAAAGAUGCGGAGAAAUUCUUCGGACCGAACUACAUGCCAUCAGUCCCUUAUGAAUGGGAACCAUAUCACUGGGACCCUUCUCGCUUGCCUCCUCUAGUCUUGUCAAGUGGAGAACCCCUGAAAGAGUUUGUCUCACUCAAAGAAGGAGACUAUUGCUUGAAGAAGGGUCGUUCUACUGGCCUGGCGGCAGGUGUUGUGAAUGGACCAAAGGCAUAUUGCAACUGGGAAACCCUCAGAAACACCCCGAGCGGAAGAAAUGGGCAUAUAUAUUCUGGUCCAACUGAAGAGUUCAUUAUUCUGGGUGCAAAACCUGAUGGGAAUGACAAUUCGUAUCCUGCAUUCUGCAAGGACGGUGACUCUGGUUCAUUUGUCCUCAGUCAAUGGGGCGAGGUCAGUGGUUUGCUUUGGGGAGGAACGUCCUUUCAACAAUACAACAUUGGGCUUGCCUCAAGCAUGCCUGAUGUCCUGGCUUCGAUCCAGGAAAAGGUGGGAGGAUCCGUUGAAUUGAGUCUUCCGACUUGA